UCUGUUUUCAGCUCUAAAACCGCCUAGUCCAAUUCUUUCAGCUUCUAAUAUUUUGCAAAAAAAACUUGAUUCUUCUUGUCCUUGAAAAGAGAAAUUUAAAUAUUUCAUAUAAGAAUGGACCAAACGGAAGUAAGACAAGCAAUAAAAGUAAUUUUAGACAAAGGUUACAAUUAUGAAGAUGUUAUUAGCAGGAUGAGUUUUGGACAAGAAGAGAUAAAUCAAAUGAAAGAGAGAUUGGAAAAAGUUUCAGUAGUUCCGAUUGUUCAAGAUAAAUUGUGUCUUCAAUUUCUUUAUGGAUGUAAUGGGAAUAUUGAUGAAGCUGUAAAUCGUAUUGAAAAAUAUUAUCAAAUAAAGACUACUUCUCCAGAUCUAUUUUGGAAUAGAGAUCCAGAAUCUGAAGAUUUGCAACUAUCAUUUAAAGUUGCACAAAUGGCAGCUCUACCCAUAACACCAAAUAAUUAUUUCGUAUUUAUCUAUAGAACUGUUGACAUAGAUUCGAAAAAAUUUAAUUUUGAUAGUGUAUUUAAAACCUUUAUGAUGAUGGCAGAAAAUGCAAUGAUUACAAAUGGACCUCAAGAUGGAGCAAUUUUUAUAUCAGAUUGGAAAGUUUCUAGUUUCGGCCACAUUUUUCGUCCGCGUAUUAGUUCAAUUAAAAAAGCACUAGAUUACAUUCAAAAUGCUAGUCCUUUGAAAACAAGAGCUGUCCAUAUAUUAAAUGCGUCUCACUUGUUUCAAACCCUUUUUUCUAUAAUAAAACCAUUCAUGAAGAAAGAAUUGUCAGAUGUCAUUCACAUCCAUACACCAGAUUUGGAUUAUAAUGAGUUUUUCGAAAAAUAUGUUCCUCGUCAUUGCAUGCCAUCAGACUAUGGCGGCAGUUUGCAAUCAUUUGAUGAGCUUUAUUCUAAAAAUGUUGAAACUUUAAUGUCAAUGAAGGAAUAUUUUUCCUUAGAAGAGCUUCAUUGCAAAUCAAGACUCGAAAAAACAAGUCUUUAAAUUAAAAACCAGGCCUAUUCUUUAUCAUGUUAAGAAAGUUCAAAGAAUGAGAAGAAUUGUAUAGAAAUCUAGUUUGACAUUUGGC